AGUGAGGAUGCAGGGGCGGAGGAGACCCCAGGAGAGGCAGAGGAGGAGCCCCCAGUGCAGCCCCGCAGCCAAGAGGAGGGUGAGGGUAGGCAGGAAAUUUUCUAUGGAAAUGUGAUAGCCCAACAAGAUUAUGGCCCCCCCCAGCAGGAGUAUGGUUCACCCCCCCAGCAGGAGUAUGGUUCACCCCCCCAGCAGGAGUAUGGUUCACCCCCCCCGCAGGAGUAUGGUUCACCCCCCCAGCAGGAGUAUGGUUCACCCCCCCAGCAGGAGUAUGGUUCACCCCCCCCAGCAGGAGUAUGGCGCACAACCACAGAUAGAGCAUAGUGGACCCCAGGAAGACUACGGUCCACCACCCCAGCAAGGCUAUGAUGGACCCUCGGAUCAUGGUCCACCACCUCAGCAAGAUUACGGUCCACCACCCCAGCAGGAGUAUGGUGCACCGCCCCAGCAAGAUUAUGGUGCACCCAAGGGCCACGGUCCAUCACCCCAGCAGGACUAUGGUUCACCUCCCCAGACAGAGUAUAGUGGGCCCCAAGAAGAGUACGGUCCACCACCCCAGCAGGACUAUGGCUCACCACCCCAGCAGGAAUAUGGUCCACCACCCCAGCAGGAUUACAAUGCACCCCAGGAUCACGGUCCACCCCCCCAGGAAGAGUAUGGUCCACCCCCGCAGCAAGGUUAUGAUGGCCCUCAGGACCACAGCUCACCACCCCAGCAGGAGUAUGGUCCACCACAGGAGCAGUACGGUCCACCACCUCAGGAGGAGUAUGGCCCACCCCCCCAGCAAGGCUAUGAUGCACCCCAGGGUCAUGGUCCACCACCCCAGCAAGAUUAUAGUGUACCCCUGGACCAAGGCUCACCACCCCCAGGCUAUGGCUCACCACCCCAGGCAGACUACGGUCCACCACCUCAAGAGUAUGGUGGACCGCAAGAUCUUGGCCUUCCACCCCCGCAGAGCCACGGUGCACCACCUCAGCAGGGGUACGGUACCCCCCAGGACCACGGGCCCCCGCCCCAGCAAGACUAUGCCUCCCCACCCCACCAAGAUUACGGUGCACCUCCCCAGCCAGACUACGGUGCCCCCCAGGACCACGCCCCACCACCCCAGCUAGACCAUGGCCCGGGGCCCCAGCCAGACUAUGGCGCCCCCCAGGACCACGGCCCACCCUCACAGGAAGAGUAUGGUGCACCGUCCCCGCCAAGCUAUGGUGCACCCCAGGGAGGCUACGGCACACGUCUCCACCAGCACCACGGCCCACCACCCCAGCAGGGCCAUGGUGGACCACAGGACCUCAGUCCAGCUCUCCAGCAAGACUAUGGCCCACCACCCCAGCAGGGCUAUGGUGGACCACAGGACCUCGGUCCAGCUCCCCAGCAAGACUAUGGUUCACCACCCCAGCAAGAUUAUGGUCCACCACCCCAGCAGGGCUAUGGUGGACCACAGGAGCACGGUCCACCAUCCCAGCCACCCCAGCAGAGCUAUGGUGGACCACAGGACCACGGUCUACCACCCCAGCAGAGCUAUAGCGGACCAGAGGACUACGGUUCACCACCCCAGCAGAGCUAUGGUGGACCACAGGACCACGGUUCACCACCACAACAGAGCUAUGGUGAACCACAGAACUACGGUGCACCACCCCAGCAGAGCUAUAGUGGACCGCAGGACCACGGUGCACCACCCCAGCAAAGCUAUGGUGGACCACAGGAGCACGGUCCACCACCCCAGCAGAGCUAUGAAGGACCACAGGACCACAGUGCACCACCCCAGCCACCCCAGCAGGGCUAUGGUGGACCGCAGGACCACGGUUCAUCACACAAGUUCAACCAGCAACGUUAUAACCACAAUGACGAGGGGCCCCCCGUGCCGUACCGCUUCGAGUACCGCGUGCGUGACCCGGGGCGCGGCGCGGAGUACGGGCAGCAGGAGGAGAGUGACGGCAGUGUGGUGGACGGGGAGUACUACGUCAAGUUACCCUACGGCCACAGACAGGUGGUGAAAUACAAGGCAGACCACGCCAAGGAGAGCAGCAGUGGUGGUGGUGGUGGUUAUGGUGGUGGUGGUGGUGGUGGUUAUGGUGGUGGUGGUGGUGGUGGUCAUGGUGGUGGUGGUGGUGGUUAUGUAUGAGUUAUAAUAUAUUUUCUUUUUUCUCUUUUUUUUUUUUUACAAGAAUAAACUAAAUGACUGAAAAAAAAUAUAUGUACUGUUUAUUAUUUUAUUUAUUUAUAUUUCUGUUUUUCUAUCAUUAUUAUUAUUUUUUUUUUGUGUGUGUU